AUGUAUGUGCGUUGCCUUUUAUUAUUGAUUGCUGUUAUCGUUGCUGAUGCAUCGAAAAAACGUUAUGAUGGGAAAAUUGUUUUAUCUGUAGAACCUUCAGAAGAAGCACACUUCCAAUUCUUAUCCUAUCUUGAAGAUCAUAGCCAAAUUGAUAUUUGGAAUGAAUUGGCUAGAAAUACGUCAGUUCAUGUUAUGAUUGAUAGAAACAAUCAAACCACACUCGUGCCAAUCUUCGAAUCAUUGAACAUGAAACCAAAAAUCAUGAUUAAUGAUAUUCAAAGAUUACUCGACGGUGAAGAACAAACGCUCCGAACCCUUUCACGAAUAGGUUCCGGACGUGGAAUUCAAGAUAGUUUCUAUAACUAUGAUCAACUCACCGCUUGGUUGAAACAAAUGGAAGCUGAUUUUCCAACUUUCGCAAAACUUAUAUCAAUUGGUAAAACAUAUGAAAACCGUGAUAUAUGGGUUAUGAAAAUUACGUCCCCAUCAGGAGGAACAAAGAAAACAGCUAUGAUGGAUUUCGGUAUUCAUGCUCGAGAAUGGAUUUCACCAGCAACUGGUGCUUAUAUGAUCAAUGAAUUCUUAACACAAUAUUCAGCAGGUGGUGAUGCUAAAACAAUUAUGGACACAUGGGAAUUACAUAUAGUUCCUGUUCUUAAUCCUGAUGGUUAUGCUUAUUCACAUUCAAACGAUCGCAUGUGGAGAAAAAAUCGAAAACCAGUCAGUGCUGGUUGUGUUGGUGUUGAUCUUAAUCGUAACUUUGGUCAUCAAUGGAAUACAGGCGGUAGUUCAGCAAGCGCAUGUGCGGAUACAUUUCAUGGCGGUUCCCGCAUGAGUGAAAAUGAAGCUAAAGCACUUGAAAAAUAUAUGACUGGUAAAACUUGGACUACAUAUCUUACAUUUCAUUCUUAUGGACAAUGGUGGUUUACUGUAAAACUGGUAAGUUGGGGUUAUACAACAGUAGAUCCACCAAACUAUGCUCUUCUUAAACAAAAAGCUCAAAUUGGUCUCAACGCUAUUCAAAGUGUAAACGGACGCCGAUAUACACUUGGUUCAUCAGCACAAUUACUUUAUAUUGCUAGUGGCGGUAGUGAAGAUUGGACUGCUGGCUCACUAGGAAUCUUUUAUUCAUAUUGUCUCGAAUUACCACCAACAGGUGGCACUGGAUUUAUUGCACCCGUCAGUGAAAUUAAACGCACUGGUGCUGAAACUUUUGUUGGUAUGGUGGCCUAUUUUAAAGCAUUAUAG